CGACGCAUAGCUCGACAAAUGAAACGAUGACGAGCACAGUCACCAACAAGGAAACGGAGAUGAGAGAAAUCACCUCACCGAGUGACAAUGUUACCUUGCGGGUUUCCGACGCCGGCGAGGGUUCCAGCAGAACUGUCAGGGAUAUGGACAAUUUGCCGGCUACAAACGCUGUGGCCAGCAGAGUGGAAAGGUCGGUGCAGUCAUCCAGUGGUGAGAACCAGACGGGUGCUGAUAUCACGAGGCAUUUCAGUGAAAAGAGUAGGUCUAAUGUGACUGAGCAGACCUAUACCGCCUGGAGGUAUCCCCGGCUCAGGACAACCACAGCAUUAUAUCGUGGUGCCGGCAACAGCAGUAUCUCUGACGGCAUGGGCUCGGGCAUAGCAACUCGAAGGACCACGACUAGAAAUUUACUUGAGAAGUCGGUGACCAAUAGUUCAAUAUCUCGCAACUUCUUACAUGGAGAAUUCGAUCCCGGGGAAGGUUCGUCGACUUCUUCUGAAGGGUACCUGACAAGACGAGCUAGUCGCCCUGUCAUCAACAGGCGACAGGGAGCGGCCAGUUGGAACGCCAACACUGUGGCCAUCAGAAUGCGAAGGCUGUGGUCGAGAGUGUCGAAUGCGAUGACCUGGCUUCCCAGGAUGAUGUCCAGGAGGCUCCACGGCCUGCGCCGAUGGAUGGCCUCUCGCCGAGCUCAGUGGUCUGAAGGCAAUCAGGUACCGCCAGACCCUCCGCGGCACCAGCGAUACGAGCAACAUCAAGGACAGCAUCAGCAGGACUACCAGAAAGAGCAACAGAGGGAACAUGUUCGUCAUCAACACCAGCAGAAGAAGCAAAAGCACCGAGCGCAGCAACAACAAAAGCAACAACUCUUAUCUCUUCCAGAGCGCGGCCCUGUGCUUGAUAAAAGACUAUCAUGUGCGUGCAAUGCACCAUCGCGAAGGAAGUUUAGAAAUACGAACGUCAGCAGUGCGCUGGGACAGUUCCUCAGCACCAGCUUCUGGAUACCAGCGCUGGGACUCGUCUACCUGCUCGGUCUAUCCAGUGGCAGUAUAAACAAUGGAGGCAGCACCUCUGGCACUGGCGCGGUCACCGUAUCCGACACGGACUCGGUCUCCACAACCAACAACGACUCGGACACUAUGACCAACACGGUCACCAUCACUCUCACCAACUCACCAACCAACACCAACACAGCGACACAGACCAGCAGUGACACCACCACCACCACUGUCACCGACAACUCUAUGAACACCAACACCGGUGGUGACAACACAAAUACUAACACGAACACAAACAAUCGUUGA